CUCCUAUAACCUAAUCCAUCGUUUCUUUCGUUUACUCCCAAAUACCCGAUUUGGACGCUCCUCUAUCCCUAGGGUUUCAAAAACCUCUCUUAUAUACUCCUAGAUUUUCAACCCUUUGAUUGUUUCUGAGUCAAAAUUAUCCAAGAAACAUUCAAAUCUCACGCUAUCUGUGUAAGUCAAGUCGUAAUUCUCUUUUAGAUUCCUUUAUGCAGCUGCACUCAAAGUGUUUGUGGAAAAACCUCAAUUAAGCAAAUUAGGGUUUCUGGGUAACAAGGAAACAGAAUUGGGGACUUUGUUUCUUGUUUACCGUCUCAAAUUCCAAGUGGGGUUGAAGUUGAUUUGAUCCAGAGUUUGUGCCAAGAAACAGGUGUGUUCAUUUUCUCGCUUGCUUAUAGUUCUAGGGUUUCAUUUCUUGGUUUCGUAUUGUAAUUCAAUUUCAAGAAAUCUUGGUUCCAGUGAUCUUUAGAGAAGGUGGUAAUUUGGGUAUUAUAUGGGAAUCGAAAUGAAUUGAGAUUUUGAGGGUUUCUUGUUUGAUAAUUGGGAGAAAAGUUUGAUUUUCCGAUCAAAAUGGAUAAUUCUGAUUAUUCAAGAAAUAGGCACAACGAGCAUUUGGGUGUGAACAAAAUUGGGAAAAAUAUCAGAAAGAGUCCUUUGCACCAACCUAAUUUUCCCAAUCCAGGUAGGCAACAACCUCAACCCCAGGUUUAUAACAUCAACAAAAACGAUUUUCAAAGUAUUGUUCAACAGCUUACUGGUUCGCCUUCACGCCAUUCCCAGGAACCACUUCCUAGACCACCCAUGAACUCACCUAAGCCACCUAGUAUGCGGUUGCAACGUAUUCGACCGUCGCCUUUAACGCCGCUAAAUAUAAACCGACCCCAAAUGCCCAUUCACCAUCGUCCACCUAGUGGUGCAGUUCCUUACAAUGGUAAUCUUGCUAGACCUCCCCAUCAUGAUCAACCACGGUUGCCAGCUAUGGCGGCACCACCACCACCCAUGGCUCCUGGGGAUCAUACAGGGUGGGCGGCAAACACCGUGGAGUCUCAGUCUCCUAUCUCUGCCUAUAUGCGCUACCUUCAGCAUUCCAUUGUUGAUUCAGCUCAAGGACGUCCACAAAUUCAUCCUCAGUAUCAGCAAAAUCCUCAAGGUCAAAGUCAAAUGCAGGGUGGUCAGCAGCAGCAGCAGCAAUCAUCUGGAUUGCUUCCUUAUCCCCUUGUGCCGCCACUUCCAUCUCCCCGGAUGAACGGUCCUCCUCCACUUCCAUCUCCACGGAUGAACGGUCCUCCGCCACUUCCAUCACCGCGGAUGAAUGGUGCUGCCGCCCCUCCUCUUCCACCUUUUCCGUCGCCAAGAAUGGGCGGCCCUUCGCCCCUACCAUCACCCACUUCUCAGUUUCUUCUGCCAUCACCAUCUGGUUACUUAAAUCUCCUGUCUCCUCGAUCACCAUAUCCACCACUUUCUCCUGGCUACCAGCAUCCACCACCAUUAACACCAAAUUUUUCAUUUUCACCCAUGGCUCAAUCAGGUCUCUUCGGCCCUGGAUCUCAACCUCCACCUUCUCCCGGCAUGAACUUUCCUUUAUCUCCAGGGUUUUUCUCUAUUUCAAGUCCGAGAUGGAGGGACUAGAUGGAUAACAUCAGAAAGACGCUAACUUUAUCGUUGCAACACCUUAACGUAAGGUACAUUGGCUGUAAAAUAGUCUCUUCGAAUUGGGUUUUUGUUUUUCUGUUGCUUUUAUAGGUUAUAAACCUUGAAAUUCGAAUGCUUGUUUAGGAUAUAUAUAGUUGGUAUCAGGGAUCAUCUGUUUAUUACUUGAACAACUUUUACAUCAGGUGUUCAGUGACAUUCAAGAACAUAUCUGAAAUCUAGAUGCUUGACCAGAAAAUGUAGUCGAGUUAUCAUCAACAUUGAAUUUGUUAUGUUGGUCGUCUGAUGGGGAUUCGCUACCGUUUUUUAAAUACCGUUAAAUGUACUUCAAAUUGCUGCUC